AUGAUGUGGGCAAACAUAUGGAAACUGUUGGGAGCCACCAUGCUUCCAAUGUUUACGGCUGGAACUGGGCUGGGUAUGACAAGUACCACGGAAGACGGAGGCGUAAUCGCGGUUCGAGAUGGAGUCGUGGUGCAGAUGUCGUCGUGGUGA